CUGAGGUCUAUUACAAUCCGAUUUUCCAAUUUGGCCUCUCUCUCUCUCUCUCUAUCCUAUCCAGUUACUGAGUUAGUUAUCAUCGCAAAAAACUGAUUGCAAGAAAGAGAAAAUCCAAAAUCCAAACUCAUAGAACUAGUAAUGUCUCUGAACGCUCUACUUCCACCUCCUCUAUCGAGUUCCUCUUCAAGCUUACGCUCCUCCUCCUCCUUCAACCAUUCUCUCUUUUCCAUUCCAAAACAAAUCCCCAAAAGAACUCACCACCACCACCACCACCAUGUGUUGGUGGUUGAAGCAAAGGGUAAAAAAGGAAUGAUGUCCGGCCAAUUCCAGCGCCCUCCCCCUCCUCCUCCUUUACCCAAAAUCGAAGACGACGGUAACCCCAAAUUCGUCGUCUUCAUUCGCAUGGCUAAUAUUUACCUUUGGUAUCCUCUUAGUAUCGUUUCCGGUGGCACCACCGCCAAAAUCAUGGUUGCCGCUAAAGAUAACUUUCUCGGCAAAUAUAUCUACAAGGAUACUCUCGCUAGAAAUCUCGCUUCUGUUAUCUACAGAGAUGAGAAGGAGAUACAGAAAACUGCAAUCAAACAACAUCGAGUGCUGAAGUCAGCUACUGAAUUCAGAUAUGGCUAUAAACUUAUUGUGAAGGGUAAUGUAAGAUCUGCACUUACUACCAAUAAUGUUAUUGAGCUUCCUACACGAGAUAAACUAAAAACGGUAGUUGAUCAAGUGAAAGACUUUUUCGAAGAUGUAAAAGACACCUUUUCGAUGAUAACAUCGUUCGACGACGAUACUACAACCAAGGCGCCAGAGAAAGAUACAAAAGCAAAAACAAAAUCUAAGGCUAAAAGACGAUGAUACUAUAGAAGGAAACGAUUUGCUUGAAUUGUUAUGUGCUACUCGGGGCAGCAUGAGCUUUAGGAAGCAAGUUUCAUGCUGUUUGUAGAUUGGUCAAUGGUUGCUUUCUUUGCACAACAAAUGCUACUUGUGUUUUGUUCUUUAUACCUGCACCCGACUAAAUUAUGCUCUAGAGUCGAUAUCACUUUUAUGGUGGUGUUCACUCAUUUAUGUUUUGAUUCAUAAUGCAUUGGGAUAGAUAGCUUGUUCAAAUUUCUUGAUCUGCUGUUCAAAUUAACAGUUGUAAUAUUCAUGCAUUUUAUUUCCCAGGAAUUCAUUUUGUUGAUCAGGAA